AUGCGUAGUUUGAAGCGUGCCCUUUCCACCAUCAGGGGCAGCGAAUUCCGCCCUCUUAAUAAUCCGGUGUAUCUGAUAAGAAGACAUUCUUAUCAUCCUCAUAAGAAUGGGGACCGGGCCGAGAGCACCUGCGGGCGUCCAGAACCAUGCGUCAUGCUGGAGUCGGAAAUUUUCUUGGAGUUCAAAGGUCACUUCUACAGAGGAAUGAACGUGCGGGACCUGUGCAAACGGGCUACAUUCGAUGAAGUUAUUUUUUUAUUCCUACGUAAGCGAUGGCCAAACGGGAAUGAAGUGAAGCGAAAAAAUUGUUACGUGCAAAAUGAAUUAGACCGUUUUUGCGAAAGGAAUGUCCAAGAAAUGGGAAGGCUGCUUCAGACUUCGGACCCCUUGGAGCUGAUACGGAUAGCCCUACUGAAGUUUUCUCACCAAGCAGAAACAGAAACAGAAACAAAAACAGAACGCAGCGAUGAUCCCCUUUUUAAUUACCUCAAAAUAUUAGCUGCAUCUGUGAAGUUACUCCUGCGGUGGGGUCAUUCCCAGUUGGGUUCUCCACCCGUGAAGGACUACGUAGAUUUCUCUUCCUUCCUCAUUGAUGCGUACCCCAUGGGGGGGAGAGAAGUAGACUUCCACAACAGAGUAAAAGAAGACGGUGCAGGAAAUCUGAACGCUUCACGCCAGAUGAAUGAACCCAAAGGAGAAACCCUUACUCCCCACCCGUGGAGGGAAGAAAAAAUAAAACUGCUAAAUGCCUUCCUCCUAUGCAUGUGUGAACAGGGGAUCAAUGAGAAUACCUUCUUUGUUCGCAUGCUCAGUAGUGUACAGCGCCACAAUUAUUUCAGUUUAUGUGUCUCUGCUAGUACAUUCUACAUCGAUGCAUUCAGGAACGCUGAUCUGUGCCACUCGUUGGAGGGAUUCCUCAGGUUUGUGGUCCCUUCGGUAGGAAGCGCUAAGCGGGCAGACCAUAGCCAGCCUUGUAAACACCGUGAACCAGAAGGGGGGCAACUUCCCCAGGGAGACCACUUGGACGACGCGAUCGCCUCACCCCCCAACGUGGAUUUCUUCUUUCACAAGGGAAACUCCUACAAGGAAAAGAACGCUCUCCUUAAAGCACACCUGACCGAAUACUGCAACAACACAUCUGAGAAGAAUCUCCACUACCUAAAGCAAUUCGAGCAAGUGGAAGAAUUCUUUUUAAAGAACCAAAACAAACACGCCUCCUGCUACUACUACCCCCUCUUGAUAUUUCACCUUUUAAGUCUACCUCUUCCUUUACUACCGUCUGUUUUUUUCAUAAUGAGACUACUCUCCUUUACUGCUCACCGACAGGAACAGAUUGAAAACAACAAGCUGGUGAAGUAUGCGGGGGUUUACGUGGGGGUGCCACCCAGAGGGAACCACAUGCAGACAUCACAUCGUGGUGCCACAUCGCUACAAUGA